GGUGUAAAAUUUUCAUUAAAAUACCUAAAAUCAAGUUUUAAUAAAAUGGAAGUGAAACGAGAAUUUAAUGAGGAAACGUGUAAAAUAGAAAUAGAGUAUAAUCACUUGGAUGAUGCUGUUCUAGAUGGCUUUAAAUGUGAAAUCAAAGAGGAAUCCAAUAGCCAAAGUACACAUGGCACAUAUGAUUAUUUAGACUUAAAAAAAUGUCACAUAAAAACUGAAGUAGAACAACAUGGAAAUGCCUUUAAUCCAUUUGAAGAAAAUCAAGAAACUGAAAAAGGUUGUUUCCAAGGGAACAAGAUGGAAAUUAUAGAGACAAUAACUGAACAUUCAUCUCAGGAAGAACAUUACAUGAAUCCAUGUGCGGAAGGAAAAACAUUAAUAAAACAUGUAAAAGUUGUGACUGGAAAAAAACCUUAUAAAUGUGAAAUUUGUUUUAAGCAAUUUAGUGAAGCAUGUAAUUUAAAUACACAUUUGAGAGUGCACAAUGGAGAAAAGCCUUACAAGUGUGAGAUUUGUUUUAAACAAUUUAGUGAAGCAGGUAAUUUAAAAAGGCAUUUGACAGUGAACACGGAAGAAAAACCUCACAAGUGUGAAAUUUGUUUUAAGCAGUUUACUACAACGGGGCAUUUGAGAGUACAUUUGAGAUUGCACACUGGAAAAAAGUCUCACAAGUGUGAAAUUUGUUUUAAACAAUUUAGUAAAGCAGGUAAUUUAAAAGUGCAUUUGACAGUGCACACGGGAGAAAAACCUCACAAGUGUGAAAUUUGUUUUAAGCAGUUUACUACAGCGGGACAAUUGAGAGUACAUUUGAGAUUGCACACUGGAGAAAGACCUCACAAGUGUGAAAUUUGUUUUAAGCAGUUUAUUACAGCGGGACAAUUGAGAGUACAUUUGAGAUUGCACACUGGAGAAAGACCUCACAAGUGUGAAAUCUGUUUUAAGCAGUUUAGUCAAGCAGGUAAUUUAAAAGGGCAUUUGACAGUGCACACGGGAGAAAAACCUCACAAGUGUGAAAUUUGUUUUAAGCAGUUUACUACAGCGGGACAAUUGAGAGUACAUUUGAGAUUGCACACUGGAGAAAGACCUCACAAGUGUGAAAUCUGUUUUAAGCAGUUUAGUCAAGCAGGUCAUUUGAAAGUACAUUAUUUGAGAGUGCAUACGGGAGAAAGACCUCACAAAUGUGAAAUUUGUUUUAAGUCGUUUAUUACAAUAGGUAUGAUGAAAGUACACUUGAGAGUGCACACUGGAGAAAAGCCUCACAAGUGUGAAAUUUGUUUUAAGCAGUUUAUUACAGCGGGGAAUUUGAAAGUACAUUUGAGAAUACACACUGGAGAAAAGUCUUACAAGUGUGAAAUUUGUUUUAAGCAGUUUAUUACAGCGUGGCAUUUGAGAGUACAUUUGAGAUUGCACACUGGAGAAAGACCUCACAAGUGUGAAAUUUGUUUUAAGUCGUUUAUUACAAUAAAUAUGCUGAAAGUACACUUGGGAGUGCACACUGGAGAAAAGCCUCACAUGUGUGAAAUUUGUUUUAAGCAGUUUAGUCGAUUAGAACAUUUGAAACGACAUUUGAGAGUACACACUGGAGAAAAGCCCCACAAGUGUGAAAUUUGUUUUAAACAAUUUAGUCAAGCAGGUAAUUUAAAAAAACAUUUGACAGUGCAUACUGGAAAAAAAGCCUCACAAGUAUGAAAUAUGUUUUAAGCAAUUUAGUGAUAAAAGUAGGGGAGUUGUAGGAACACUGAGACGAAAAACUUUCAAUGCCAAUAACUUUUUUAUUAAAUGCUACUUUAAACUUAUAUUGUACAAUGAUAUUUGGUAUACAAAUAAGAAUUGAAAAAUCAUGUCGUUUUCUAAUAAAAAUAAAAGUUAACACCUUAAAAAUUAAUAUUAAUAUUAAAUAUUAAAAUUAAAAAUUACUAAAUGUCUCACUGUUCCUUUCAAUGUGGGAACACUGAGACGUAACAAUUAACAUUAUUUGACGUUAAGACUAUCAAAAUUUAAUUCAAAUUUUAAAAGCGAACUUUGGCUCUUCGUUAACCCUUGCAUUAAAGGGGGCGGCAAAAUCAUUUUAAUGUCUCUUUUUAAUACAUGUGAGACAUCUGGGACAACUGGAAAGAAGAACCCGUUUUCAUAUUUAGCGCUUUUUCUUAAAAACGAUAUUUUAAAAUCAUUUUCUUUUAUUUGAGACAAGACUUUGCCUACAUGAUAAUAUGUAUUUAGCUUAGAGUUGAAUUCAACGAGCACAUAAUCUCCAUCAUUUGGACAGCGAUCAAGAUCUUCGAAAAUAAUUGGUUCUGGAUCUUCACCAAUAUAAUCCUGUCCUCCGCUGGAAUCUUGUAAUUCCAUCUCAUUUUCGUCUUGCUCGUCAGAAUCACUAUCUAAUACGCACCUUGCACUUUUUUCUGUUUUGGUGUUUUUUCUUUCGAUUUAAUCAGCUCCAUUUUUUCCGGAGUAUCCGUAGCUGUCAUCCUUCCUUUUCGUGUUUUGUUGCCUUCCCCAGCUUUUCUUGUCGGAGCUUUAGGAUAACCCUUAAACACUGUUGGGCUAACAAAGGUUUUAGUAGUAGUAGCAGUAUUACUUGGACCUGGAUUUUCUACAUCUGGAGAUUCAUUUAUAUUUUCAGCAGCAGCUUCAACUGCAACAGGCGGCCUACCUGUCACAAAACUUGACAAAAAAUCUUCUUCAGUGAAGAUAUGCCGAUCGAAUGAAAAUAUUCCGGUUUUUCGAAAAGCGCUUGUGAUGUUAACUGGCGUCAUUGCUCGUGGAUAUGCUGUGCCCACAGGCUGCUACGUUAUAAAUUGUAAAUGUCUGACCGGGAUGGUUCAUCAUCCAUGCAUCUACUGCAGCAUUGUAGAAAUUCUAAAAUGGCUUAAAUAAACCUACGUCCAACGGCUGUAGUCUGUUCGUACAGUGUGGCGGUAUAGUCAGGAUUGUAACGCUAUUAUUUUUACAUAAAUCGAUUACCUCAAUCGAUAAAUGACUUUGAUGAUUAUCCAUUAACAAUAAAGAAGGGUUUUCUCUGGUACUACCAGUGUGCUUAAUAAAAUGCCUAACAACUUGCACAAAGCACUCUGAAUUCAUCCAACCUGUUUUUGAAGCUAGUCCUAAAGUUCCAGGGGGUGACCCAUUUAUCAUAAAAUGUUUAAAGUGUACUCUUGGGAACACCAGAGCAGGAGGAAUAGCUACUCCAGAUGCUCCAACAAUACAGCAUGUUGUAACGAGCGUUCCACGUUCACCACUUGUGGCUUUACUAACCUGUCGUAUACCUCUUUCUGCAAACACUUUUUGGGACUUUUGAACGGUAACGGUUCCUGUCUCAUCUAAAUUAAAAAUGCGACUACCAUCUCCAAACACAGGGAAACGCUGUAAAACGGUUUCAAGUUUACUGAAAAACUUUUCAACAUUAAAUCUAUUGAAACCGGUUGCCCUUGCAAGACUGCAACCUUCUGGGGUCCGGAUAAAUUAUUAGAGUGACGUUUCUGAAAUCCUUUCAUCUAGGCAAGUGAAGCGAUUUUUGAAGUAUCCCAGUUUGCUGGAACCACUAUGUUAUUGUAGGCUGCGGCUUCAUAUGACAGCUUUCGGGUAUCUUCUCUUGAUAGGCCAUAAAACAUUUUAGAACAUUUAAUUAUAUAUUCGCACACGUUCUCCUAUUCGAUAGUAAAAAUUUGUUUUACUUUUAAUUAGGACAUAAACGGACGUUCUCAUCUUGUUGAUAUUGUUUAACAUAUCUGUGGACUGUUUGGAAAGAGUCCUUUUAUUCGUGCUGCUUGCCGUAUAGAGGUGCCACCUUGUACUAAUUCAACAGCCUGUCUCAUCAGAUCUUCAGAGAAUCUUCCUAUUUUCCGAUCUGUUUUACUUUUUCUUGGCAUUUUCUUUCUGUAAGAGAAAUUAUUUUGCAAAUGACCUGGCUUAUACAACUAUAACGGAACAGUGAGACAGUGAGACGCGUCUCACUGUUCCAUCUGUUGUGUUGUCUCACUGUUCCUUAAAAAUUCGUUAAUAAAAAUCGAUUAAAGAAACUAAUAAAAUAUAUACAAAAAUCGUUUGUUUUAAUUUAAUUGUUUCGUAAAAUGGUUUACCUUUUAGUUAAAAUAACGUAGCUUGUCUAAAAAACUUCAAUUUUCGUGAAAACACCGGCCACGUGGAUACGGUAUAUUUACUACGAUGCACUCACUUCGAAUGACCAGCGGUAACUAAAACAUUUCUGGUUGAAGCUCAACCGUUUCUUGUUUGCUUCACUUCAAGGUGGUAAUAGGCAUAUUUGUUUAGUUCUACCGGAUAAUACCGAACGUAGUAAGCUAUACCGAGUUUGUCUCAAGGCCCCGUCUCACCAUCAAAUAAUUGACAGUUAUUUGAUCAAACUUGACAGUUAGUGACACAAAGUGACAGUUAGUGACGUCACAUCCUGAACAUCUGAUUCAAGGCAUAAUUCAAGGUAAGUUUGCUCAAACUCGACAAAUGACAAUCAGCUGUUAGACAUAACAUGAUGGAAUUUUAAUUUUUAGUAAAUAAAUUAAUAUUCAAACAAAUGAGAAGCGUUGAAAAGUCCUAUUUUAUGAACAAUUAGGUUUGUUCCAACAAGCGGCUAAGUCAGUCAGAAACUAUCAGCGAAUAGUCGACCAGCGCGAGUAGAGCGGAUAGGACUGAUAACUGUAUUAUAUUCUCUCACUGACCAACUGUUUGCUGACGGCUUCUGACUAGUUUGACUGUUUGUCGGAACAGACCUAAUAUUAUUAUAUUACUGAUUCUGAUUACUACAACACCUAGAGUGACUCACAGCUUAAAUUCUGAAAUGAUGCAGUCACUACUUGUGUCACUAGCUCAAUAUUGAUUAGAAAAUAAUUACAUACUGAUACUGAAAGUAAGUUACUAUACGUCUUCUAACAUAGCACAAGCUAUAUGUUUUGGGUUUUAAAUAUACCAUACUUAAAUACCUUGAAUUAUUUUAUGUAUGAUUUUGAUGUCAGCUAAAAUGAUAAAGCAAACUUUUAAAUAAUAAUGAGAAAACAAACACAAGGCAGUGAACUAUGAUUGCUAAUAUUUUAUACGUCCUUCUUUAUUAUCAGUUACAGUUGGGGUACUAUUUAUGUUAUUUUUUAAUGUCACAAAUUUUCAAUAACAUUCAAAUCUGGUGACUGGGCUGCUGUUUUAAUGACAUUUCAGCACUUAUAAAGCAACCAAAUAUGAACCCGAUAUAACAUUAUAUGUUUUGAAAAUCCACAAGGAAGAACUUCCUGUAGUUGGCUGUAUGUAUACCAUUAAUUACAAGUGAAAUUUAAUAAAAAAUUUUCUUCUUGGUAAAUGGUAUAUUAGUUUAAAAAGCCCUAAAGGGCUACAAACAUGUGAACAAAACGUUUUCGCUCUGUAACAAGAGCAUCAUCAGUGUUACAAGAACAUGGUGAGCCAACCAAAAAAAAAAUACAAAGGUCAAAGCCUUUUAAAAAGGAGACAAAAGUCUUAUAUAAAUAACUACAUUUGAAAAAUCCAAAGGAUGGAUAGAAAUUCCUAAGGAUACGGCCCUAAAGCAACAUAUGUUGUAAGUGGGUCAAAAGGUAAUUAGGUCAUUAUGUUAUAUUGUUGCCUGCCACCUCUUAACUAUGCUGAUGAUGCGAUGCUCUUGUUACAGAGCGAAAACGUUUUGUUCACAUGUUUGUAGCCCUUUAGGGCUUUUUAAACUAAUAUACCUUUUACCAAGAAGAAAAUUUUUUAUUAAAUUUCACAUAUAUGUUUUGGAUCAAUGUCCUGAUAAAAUGGGUAAUUAUCAUUGAUACGUAAUUUUUGAGCACUAGCAGUGAGAUUAUGUGUUAGUAUAUCCAAAUAUAUGUAUUGGUUCAUAUUACUGUUAAUAAAAUGCAAGUUACGUACUCCUGCAGACAACAUACACCCCCACAUCAUCACUCCACCUCCUACGUGCUUUCAUUUUUUUUAGUCUUAGUUCUUUAGUCUAUCGGACCCAAACAAGUUUAUUUUCAUCAGCAAAUAUUACUGAAUUCCAAAAGUUACAAUCUUUGUUAAUAUGCUCCCUAGUGAACACAAAUAAUGUAAUAUGCCCAUUUCUUUGGCUGAUAGAAGAUUUAUUUCUUGCAGUUCAUGUAGAUUAUUCUUUUGUAAUAUCCUAAAUAAUUAAAUUUAUUUCAAAGGUUUAUUAAUAUUUAAGUAUGGUAUACUUGAAACCCAAAACAGCUUAUGCUAUUUUAAAAGACUUAUACUAACUUACUUUCAGUAUGUAAUUUUUUUCUAAUACAUAUUGAGCAACUGACACAAGCUAGUUUUAUAGAGCUUUUCAUUCACAGUCAUUUGUUUCGA